AAGAUUCAUCUGAUCUUCUUGUCCGUAAAAAACGUUUAAUAGACCAAACUCCGCAUGGGAAUAAACCGGUGACACUCAAAGAAGUUAAUUACAUUCUCACUGUUUUCGCAAGACUGCUGGCAUAGUACACGAGCGAGUUUUGGCUGGUUCCUCUUCAAGAUAUCAUGGAACAUCUCACAGGAUAUUAAGCAAAAUAUUUCAUCCACAUUUUAAUCCAAAGGCUAUUUCGAUCGAUAUUGUUCUGCUUGUCAUUUAUCCUCCUAUCGACAUGGUUUUUUCAUAUAAUAGACCUAUUGGACUCUACGAAAGUACAAAAGUACCACCAAAUUCUAUUGGUACUUUCAGUGGUUGGGGAUGUACACGAGUAAUUGGACGCAGAAAGGAAUUUCCCAACGAAUUACGUUCAAUAAAUGUGCCUAUUAUCAACGAAGAAGAUUGUCAACGGCUCUAUAAUGACUUUGCAACAAUCACAAACGAAAAUAUUUGCACGCUUGAUGAAGACGGGAAACAAAGCAGUUGCUUUGGAGAUUCUGGCGCGCCUUUAGUCGUCAGUGGUUAUUUAAUUGGUGUAAUGUCUUGGAAAAAAGAAGGAAAAUUGAAUCCGGAUGUUUUUGUCAACGUGGCUCAUCCCAAUGUCAGACCCUGGAUCCUCUCAUUCCUUGCGAAAUUUAAAACAUAA